AUGAUGGACGGCGAGGAGGGAGAGGGGGGACCCAACAGCCAGGGCGACGGGAACCCCAAAGAGAGCAGUCCUUUCAUCAACAGCAGGGACCUGGAUCAGAGCCAGCAGUAUGACGGCAAGACCAUGGCUCUGUUUGAGGAGGAGAUGGAUACCAGUCCAAUGGUCUCCUCUUUGCUCAGCAGUCUGGCCAACUACUCCAACCUGCCGACGGGCAGCAAAGAGCACGAAGAGGCCGAGAACAACGAGGAGGGUCCACGGCCGUCUAAGAAACCCGUGAAGGCUCCACAGCUGGGCACCCUGAUGGGCGUGUACUUGCCGUGCAUCCAGAACAUUUUUGGGGUGAUCCUCUUCCUGCGGAUGACUUGGAUGGUGGGGAUCGGAGGCGUCCUGGGCUCCUUCAUAAUCGUCUUCAUGUGUUGCUCCACGACGAUGCUCACGGCCAUCUCCAUGAGUGCCAUUGCAACAAAUGGAGUGGUGCCAGCUGGAGGCUCAUAUUACAUGAUCUCUCGCUCUCUGGGGCCCGAGUUUGGCGGAGCCGUCGGGAUCUGCUUCUACCUGGGCACCACCUUCGCGGGUGCCAUGUACAUUCUGGGCUGCAUUGAAAUUCUGCUGAUUUAUAUCGUCCCCCAGAUGGCCAUCUUUAAGAUCGAGGGCCUGGAGGGGCCGGAGGCCGAGCUGGCCCUCCUCAACAACAUGCGGGUGUACGGCACCAUCGUGCUGAGCUUCAUGUCGCUGGUGGUGUUUGUCGGAGUCAAAUACGUCAACAAGCUGGCGCUGGCCUUCCUGGCCUGCGUCAUCCUCUCCAUCGUGGCUGUUUACGCCGGAGUCAUCAAGACCGCCAUCGACCCCCCCGUCUUCCCCGUCUGCCUCCUGGGGAAUCGAACGCUCCUCUCCAAGGGCUACGACGUCUGCGCCAAGGUCGUCGAAGUGGACAACGAGACCGUCACCACCAAGCUGUGGAGGACCUUCUGCGAUUCCGACACCCUCAACGCCACCUGCGACGAAUACUUCGCCGACAACGAUGUCACGGAGAUACAGGGCAUCCCAGGGGUCACGAGCGGCAUCCUGGCAGAGAACCUGUUUGGGAACUACCUGGAGAAAGGGAUGUUCCUGGAGAAGCGCGGGGUCGCGUCGGAGGUGAACGCCGACGCUCCGCCAACCAACUCCAACCGCUACGUCCUGUCGGACAUCACCAGCUUCUUCACCCUGCUGGUCGGGAUCUACUUCCCGUCUGUCACAGGCAUCAUGGCGGGUUCCAACCGCUCCGGAGACCUGCGGGACGCCCAGAAGUCGAUCCCCAUCGGCACGAUUGCCGCCAUCACCACCACGUCCAUUGUGUACAUGUCCACCGUUGUGCUGUUCGGCGCCUGUAUAGAAGGAGUCGUCCUCAGGGACAAGUUUGGCGAAGGCGUCAGCGGCAACCUGGUGAUCGGGACCCUGGCGUGGCCGUCUCCGUGGGUCAUCGUGUUCGGCUCCUUCUUCUCCACCUGCGGCGCCGGACUCCAGAGUCUGACCGGCGCUCCGCGGCUCCUGCAGGCCAUCUCCAGAGACGGCAUCAUCCCUUUUCUCAGAGUGUUUGGCCACGGCAAGGCCAACGGGGAGCCCACCUGGGCCCUCCUGCUCACGGCCUGCAUCUGCGAGAUCGGCAUCAUCAUCGCCUCCCUGGAUGCAGUCGCACCCAUCCUCUCCAUGUUCUUCCUGAUGUGCUACAUGUUUGUGAAUCUCGCCUGCGCCCUGCAGACUUUGCUGAGGACGCCGAACUGGAGGCCGCGCUUCAAGUUCUACCACUGGGCUUUGUCUUUCCUGGGCAUGAGCCUGUGCCUGUCGCUCAUGUUCAUCUGCUCCUGGUAUUACGCCAUCGUCGCCAUGGGCAUCGCCACCUGCAUCUACAAGUACAUCGAGUUCUGCGGAGCGGAGAAGGAGUGGGGCGACGGCAUACGCGGCAUCUCCCUGAGCGCCGCUCGCUUCGCUCUCAUGAGGCUGGAGGAAGGACCGCCGCACACCAAGAACUGGAGGCCUCAGAUCCUGGUUCUGGCGAGCGUGGACGCCGAGCAGAACGUGGAGCAGCCUCGUCUGCUGUCGCUGGCCAAUCAGCUGAAAGCAGGGAAGGGUCUGACCAUCGUCGGCACCUCGGUUCAAGGGACCUUCCUGGACAACUACGCGGAGGCCCAGAGGGCCGAUCAGUCUUUGCGUAAGUUGAUGGAGACGGAGAAGGUGAAGGGUUUCUCUCAAGUGGUCAUCUCCUCCAAUCUGAGGGACGGGACGUCCCACCUGAUCCAGGUGGGAGGUCUGGGGGGCCUGAAGCACAACACCGUGUUGGUCAGCUGGCCCCGAAACUGGAAACACCCCGAGCACCACCAGCAAUUUAGGAACUUCAUCGAGGUGGUCCGAGAGACCACCGUCGCCAGCCUGGCCCUGUUGGUCCCCAAGAACAUCUCCAGCUACCCGUCCAACGGCGAGCGCUUCACCGAAGGCCACAUCGACGUGUGGUGGAUCGUCCACGACGGAGGCAUGUUGAUGCUGCUGCCCUUCCUGCUGCGGCAGCACAAGGUGUGGAGGAAGUGCAAGAUGCGCAUUUUCACCGUGGCUCAGAUGGACGACAACAGCAUCCAGAUGAAGAAAGACCUCAUCACCUUCCUCUACCACCUGCGCAUCGACGCCGCGGUGGAAGUGGUGGAGAUGCACGACGGCGACAUCUCCGCCUACACCUACGAGAAGACGCUGAUAAUGGAACAACGAUCCCAGAUCCUCAAACAGAUGCACCUGACCAAGAACGAGAUGGAGCGAGAGAUCCAGAGCAUCACAGAUUCGUCCCGCGGGUCCAUUCGCCGCAAGAACCCGCCUGCCCCGCGCUCCCGGCACAGCGUGGACGGAGGAGCCGGCGUGGCCGAACAACCGGAGGACGAGGUGCAGCUCAUCCACAGCAAGAACGCCUCCACGCCGACCAGCCCCGUGGGCCCCGGCGCCGCCGCCGGCCCCAAUGCGCCCGCGGGGGAAAGAGAGAAGGCGAAGGCCCCGGCGCCAGCGAACCCGGAGGCGGGCAAAGACCUCUUCAACAUGAAGCCGGAGUGGGAGCACUUGAGCCCGGUGGACGUGCGGCGCAUGCACACGGCGAUGCGGCUCAACGAGGUCAUCGUGAAGAAGUCCAAGGAGGCGAAGCUCGUCCUGCUCAACAUGCCCGGACCGCCCAAGAACCGCGUGGGCAACGAAAACUACAUGGAGUUCCUGGAGGUGCUCACCGAGGGUCUCAAUCGGGUCCUCCUGGUGCGUGGAGGUGGACGUGAGGUCAUCACCAUCUACUCCUGA